AUGUGGAGCAGCUCACCAGAACGGGGACUCCCCGCAGCUCGCAGGAGGUGGCCGGCCUCGCCAGCCAGCCAUUGGCCGCUGAGAGUCUGCGCCUGCGCGUUCGCCGCCUGUCUCUGUGCAGCGCUCACUGUGGCGGUGGAGCCGUCGCCGCCUCAGCACGAGGAGGGCGGCGGCGAGCAGAACGCGAGCUCCGGGGCGGCGGCGCUGCUGGUGGCCGCCGCGCUGGACGACGGCCUGUCCGACCUGCGGGACCUCUUCUGGCCGCUCAACGACUCCUGGCUGCUCGACGGCUUCGACGACUUCGACCACGACCACUUUGAGAGCGCCGGCGACUUCUUCCCGGAGGCGCAGAGCACGGCUGCUCCCGCCGCACGGCCGCCCCCAGGGCCGCCGGACCCUGAGUUCGACUCCAACCUGGUGACCAACGUGACGGCACAGCUGGGCGGCACCGCCUUCCUGCACUGCCGCGUCCGCAACCUGGGCGAGCACACGGUGUCGUGGGUGCGACGCCGUGACUGGCACAUCCUCACCUCGGGCCUCUUCACCUACACCAACGACGAGCGGUUCCAGGUGGCCCACUCCACUGACGAGGACUGGAGCCUCCAGAUCAAGUACGUCCAGAAGCGUGACAACGGCACCUACGAAUGUCAGGUGGCGACCGGGGCCGGCACCAUGUCGCACUACUUCAACCUGCACGUGGUGGCGCCGGCCGCCUUCAUCCUGGGCAGCGGCGAGUACCACAUCGGCGAGGGCAGCACCAUCUCGCUCGUCUGCAUCAUCGAGAACAGCCCGACGCCGCCGCAGUACGUGUUCUGGUUCCACAACGAGCGCGUCGUCAACUACGACGGGUCUCGCGCCGUCGCCGUCAGCACGGAGCCGGGUCCUCGCACGCACUCGCGGCUGCUCAUAUCGCGCGCCACGCGCCGCGACUCGGGCAACUACACGUGCAGCGCGCCCGACACACAGCCCGACACCAUUAACGUCUACGUCUCGCAGGGGGACAACACGGCGGCCAUCCAGCGGCAGGCGGCGUCAGCCCCCCGGCCGCCGCCCCCCGCCCCCCUGCUGGGGGCGGCCCUCGCCAUCGCGGCUGCCGCCUCCGGUCGGGCGCGCGUGCGCAGCUGAUGACGCCGCCGGCCGCCGGCCGCUCGCUUGGGCCUCACUGGUGCAGUCACCUGCUCGCUUCAUCAAACGGGAGUGUCAACGGGCUGCCUACAGUGAAGUGAGCAAGGCGUUCUGCAUUUGCUCCAGGACGCUGCCGAGGACGUCAUUCUUCGAGAAGUGAACGCCAGGAAAGACAGGAACUGAGUGAAUGAGGUGUUCUCUCCAAUGAAAGAGAUGCCUUCAGUACAGAUCUAUCGAAGUGUGACACGUGGAAUUACAUUUAACGGAAAGUGGGAGACGUGAUUUGUAUUACACAUGGCUUUGUAAAUAAAUGUAUCAUUGUUAAUUUUAAUGAACGUAGCAA